AUGUCUCUCAAAUUACCACAAAAUCUUAAUAGUGGCCUUUUCAAACAGGGUUACAACAGUUACUCCAAUUCCGAUGGUCAGAUCAACAAAUCUAUUGCUGCCAUUCGUGAAAUCCAUCAGAUGUGUUUAACUUCUAUGGGUCCAUGUGGUAGAAAUAAGAUUAUUGUCAACCAUUUGGGUAAAAUUAUAGUUACCAAUGAUGCUGCUACCAUGCUAAGAGAGUUAGAUAUUAUUCAUCCUGCUGUUAAAGUUCUUGUAAUGGCGACAGAACAACAGAAGAUGGAUAUGGGAGAUAAUACUAAUCUAGUGAUGGUUCUUGCAGGUGAACUGCUUAUAGUUUCUGAGAAGUUAAUUGCAUUAGGUCUUUCAGCUGUGGAAAUUAUUCAAGGUUUUAAUAUGGCUAAAAAUUUUACAUUGGAAGAAUUGGAUAAAUUAGUCGUGGGAGAUGUUAUCGAUAAGAGUAAUCCACAAGAAUUGAUUAAAGUGAUUAAACCUGUCAUUGCAUCUAAAAAAUAUGGAUCUGAGGAUCUAUUAAGUCAAUUAGUUGCUGAAGCCGUAUCUCACGUUUUACCCCAAUCUUCCCAAGGUACCAUACCAUAUUUCAAUGUGGAUUCUAUUAGAGUCGUUAAAAUUAUGGGUGGUUCUCUUGUCAAUUCUACUGUGAUUAAAGGUAUGGUUUUCAACCGUGAACCUGAAGGUCACAUUAAAUCAUUACCUGAAGGCGGUAAACACAAGGUUGCUGUCUUUACUUGUCCAAUAGACAUUGCCAAUACAGAGACAAAGGGUACUGUGCUUUUACAUAACGCUCAAGAAAUGCUAGAUUUCUCUAAGGGUGAAGAGAAGCAAAUUGAUGCAAUGAUGAAGGAGAUUGCCGAUAUGGGUGUGACGUGUGUGGUAGCAGGUGCAGGUGUUGGUGAAUUGGCACUACACUAUUUGAACAGAUACAACAUUCUAGUUCUCAAAGUCCCAAGUAAGUUUGAACUGAGAAGAAUAUGCAGAGUAUGCGGUGCUACUCCAUUACCAAGGUUAGGUGCACCAACUCCUGAGGAAAUUGGUGUUGUGGAAACUGUCAAAACAAUGGAAAUUGGUGGUGACAGAGUUACCGUCUUUAAACAAGAAUCAGAAGAGGCUACACGUACUUCUACCAUUAUCUUACGAGGCGCUACACAAAACAAUUUGGAUGAUAUUGAAAGAGCCAUCAAUGACGGUGUUGCAGCCAUUAAGGGUCUAAUGACUCCAAACGGUGGGAAACUACUACCAGGUGCGGGUGCUACAGAAAUUGAAUUAGUUUCUAGGAUUACAAAAUACGGUGAAAGAACACCAGGUCUUCUACAACUUGCCAUUAAGCAAUUCGCACUAGCUUUCGAAGUGGUCCCACGUACUCUAGCGGAUACGGCAGGAUUAGAAGUCAACGAAGUUUUGCCCAAUCUUUAUGCUGCACAUACCGUGGUCUCUGGUGAAAAGGAUGAGGAAGCCGCCAGAAAGGAAUGUCUUUUCAAAGGUGUUGACAUUUUGAAGGACACUUCCGAUGGUUUAACAGAUAUCAGAGAAGAUAGUGUCUACGAUUUGUUGGCUCCUAAGAAAUUCGCCAUUAAUGUCGCCACAGAAGCUGCCACAACUGUGCUCUCAGUGGACCAAAUUAUCAUGGCUAAAAGAGCAGGUGGUCCAGCACCUCCACAGGCAAAGAGACCAGGUAAUUGGGAUCAAGACGACUAA